UACCAUGAAGGCAAGCUUCAUCACAAUGGCCGAGUUGCCGCAUUCGACACUUCUGCUAAAUAAAUUUGAACGAAAUGCAUCUUCCUGAGGUGGCAGCCAAUAUAUUCUCUUCUAUUUUCCCGUCAAUGGUCACCCUUUCUCUCAGAAAAGAGCUGAGUUCACUGACGGCAAUAAAUCCGCUGUGCAGCUUAAAGGCGUUGCUCUAAGAGGCACGUGCUUCAGUUAGUGCUUGCGUCUAUGAGAUUUAAAGGAAGUGAAAAAAAGAUUUACGAAGGAAUACGUUUUAAAAGAGAAUAACUCUUUCAAUAUGCUCAAGGUGCUUGUAGUGACGUGUUUGGUAGCGGUUGCCUUAUGUCAGAGCAACGAAGGCCCGCCGGAACCGUACAGUUUUUCUUACACAUCCCAGGAUAAGGAAGGCUCGUCGAGUCACGAGGAGUCCGGUGACGGCAGUGGAAAAAUAACUGGAAAAUACACCCUUAUGCUGGCUGAUGGAAGGAUGCGCGUUGUAACCUAUUGGGCCGACGAAACUGGCUUUCACGCGGAUGUAGUUACCAAUGAGCAGGGUACGGAAUCGAAAAAUCCGGCCGAUGUGACAAUCCAAUCCACAGCCCCGACGGGAGCAGAAGCUGCGCUGGCUGCUGGCUCGGAAGUCAUUGCCACCAUUGUGAAAGCUCCUCGCCAUAUGCUGAAGCCAGUUCAUGCUCGUUAACGAAAGUUGAACUUUAGAGCUUAUUAUUACCAUUGAAAUAACACUUCCGUUUUUUGAUGUUGAAUGUUCUACGCAUUUCCGUCGUUAUAGAGGAUCGAGCCAAUUAUGUACUUUGGAGAAUCUUUUCUACGGCAAGGAAAUAUAUUAUUGAGGAUUCCACCAAGGCUUUGAAAAUUGGCGUUGUUGAGAUCUUCACGACGAAAUACACAUGCUACAGAUUAUAUUGAAAUGCACGAAAUGCCCAUUAACCAUGGAAGAAAUGACAUUAGUCGUUUUCGAAUCUAGUGGUGUUAACUAUUUGACUUACCGCGCUCGAACCUUUAUUGAUAAUAAAUAAAAGCACUUACGUAAACAUAUAUGUACGCAUAUAACGAUCUACCACGCAUGCUGGAGAUAGUCCUAAUUCAAAACGCUUUAUUAAUUCUUAUAAACCAUGUGAACCAAUUGAAACAUUCGCCGGUAUAUAAUUAUAGCUUUUAAAACAUUUAACCAUUUGAAACUGCAAAACAAAAAACGAAGAUGUAUGUUCCAGUUUGGUGUUCUGAUCGACCCAUUUAGCAAGCGGCAUAAUGAGACCUCGACAAAUGCACUGCUAUCCUUGAGGAUUUCACAUGGAAAUUUCAAUAAACUAUAUUGCACCAAUUUGAGACGAAGAAGACAGGACUGAACAAAAACCUCCCAUCCAUGUUAAUGAUAGGUAAAGGUGAUACUAACUUCAGUAUAGAUAACCAUUUCAGGUUCAAGUCAUAACUGAUCCGGCCAGAACUGACGCCGAAAACAUGGGCAGCAGGGGUGAAACAAUCUUUGGUUAUGUGCGAGUUUAGAUUCGCUUUCUAAUUGAUAAUCUAUCUGUAAUUAACUCACCCAUUCGUUCAGACCGCAACCUCGUUUUAUCAGAAACAGUCACUGGCUUAGUGAGCCUGCUGAUUUUAUACAAAAAUAAAUCUGAUUACCAGGCGAUAGAAGUUUUUGUUAAUUUUGUUAAAAAUGUUUUGUUAAUUUGGCUACAUUCUCGAGUUUCUGUUUGCACCUAGUAAGAAUUGCGUCUAAUAAAAAUGUUUGUACUUGCGCGAACCAAAAGGACUCAAUAAAAAAAAUUGCAUCAGCA